CACUUUUAGCUCCGACAUCAAAUCCCAUCACAAUGGAAGGACUCAACGCCUCGGAACAGCGCGAACUCGCCAACCGCAUGGAGCGGAAGCAGAUGAAGGAAUUCAUGAGCAUGUACUCCAAGCUCGUGCAAAGGUGCUUCGACGAUUGCAUCAACGACUUCACCACCAAGUCCCUGAUCAACCGUGAGGAGGGCUGUGUUCUUCGCUGUGUCGACAAGUACAUGAAGGCAACGGGUCGCCUGAACGAGCGGUUCCAGGAACAGAACGCUGCCAUGAUGGGAGGCGGUAUGGGGCGGUAAACUGUUUCCUGGGGUUCAGCUGCUUUGCAUUUAUUUCGGCGGUUCUGUAUAAAAUAUUAGAUUUUGCAAUGAUGACAUCUCCUAAUGGCCGGCGAUGUUCCGCUCGAGCAUGGGUCAAUUCCGGGCACAGUCGGUGGUCGUGAGUGUAACAUAUGGAAUAACAAUUGGCGUUACGACGUGACUG